AUGGAUCCUCUGUUGCGGGAGCUAGCUGCAUUCUUCAAUGUCUGUGCAUAUGCGGAUGACUUGCUCAACAUGAUUGAAGGGGAUAGUCGCCUUGAAUUGGAAAAUCUUGGUGAGCAAGCUAUGCAGGAUUGGAGUGACCGAGUUGGAGUGGAGGUGACAACCGAGAAGACGGAACAUUACAUUCUUGAACGUGAAUAUCCCCUGGAAAGACAUCGCAUAAAAACCGAAGAUGGUUAUAUAUUAACGGUACACCGGAUACCACACUCACCGGAACAUUCACCACACACGCUGCACCAUGAAUUCCUGCAUCACACCACACCAGGCGACAACCGUUAUUUGCCAAGUCGCAAACCUGUUAUUCUAUUACAACAUGGUUUUGGUCUUAGCUCUGAAGGUUGGGUAUUGCCAGACCGUGAAAUUGCCUUAGCCUAUCAAUUGGCCGAUGCCGGUUUUGAUGUUUGGCUGGGAAAUCAACGUGGAAAUUCCUACUCACGACAACACACCCAUUUUGACACGAAAACGGAUAAUUUUUGGAAUUUCUCAUUCCAUGAAAUUGGUUAUUAUGAUUUGGCGGCCGUGUUCGAUUAUAUGUUGGCGAAAACAAAUAAUACUGCUGUACAUUAUGUUGGCUAUUCCCAGGGUACAACAUGUUUGUUGGUAUUGUUGGCAUCGAGACCGGAAUAUCGUGAAAAAGUGAAAUCGGCACAUUUAUUGGCACCGGUAGCAUUUAUGAAAAAUAUGAAGGUGCCAUUUAUCCAAUGGGCAAGUGAGAAGAUUUUGCAUUAUGGUGAAAUGUUGGUGAAUUCGUUAGGCCACAAUGGAGUUAUGAGGUUUCAUCAUUUGCCUUUUUAUCGCACCCUGUGCAGUUGGGCAUGUGGUGAGGGAUCACAUUUGCAAAAUGUUUGUCGCACGGUAUUUGCAUAUUUUGGUGGACCCGGCAUGAGCAAUAUUAAACAGUCAGUGCUCUCGGAUGUUUGUGCCGCCCAACCGGCUGGUGCCUCCAUCAAACAAAUCCUCCACUUUAUACAAGUCUAUGUUAAGGGUAAAUUCCAACAAUACGACUAUGGCCGGCAAUACAAUGAAGUGCAUUACAAACAAUCUACCCCGCCCGCCUAUGAUAUUAGCAGCAUUACGAAUUGUGUCCAUCUGUAUUAUGGUGUAACCGAUCAUUUGGCCGACGGCGAAGAUGUCCAGAGAUUAGCGAAACGUUUGCCCUGUGCCAUCGUUCAGUCCAUAAGCGAUGAUGAUGAUAAAUGGAAUCAUUACGAUUUCUUGUGGUCCAAAGAUGCUAAGGAGUUAAUAAAUGAACGUAUUAUACGGGUGGUGAGGGAAAGUGAAAAUAAAUAG